GAAUUUUUUUUUCUCGAUUUUAUUUUUGUAGAAAAUUAAAAAUGUCCUAAUUGUGACAAACAUUGCGUUAUAAAGUAUAAUAUUGUAGUAUAUAUUGCCAUAUGCAGUAUAAUAUUGCCAUGAGCGUUUGAUCCAAAGUGUUUAUUUCGAACGAACAUGAUCCAAAGCGAACAUUUUUAAACAGAGUAAAUCGAUUAAUCGAAACUGUUGAAAUCUCACGGAUCGAUAACGUUGCUCUCUAAUUUUAUCAAUGUCGGUAAUACGACAAUCUUUUAGCCAACUGCAGUUGUUUGCUGCUGUGUCAGUGUGUAUCAAUGCACAGUUCAGAGAGCGCUCACAUUCGGCGGAGUAUGGAGUUCAGUGGAAUUCAAAGCAUUCAUUGGCAUUCAUGCUGAUUCGUGUCCUGUUGUUAAUAGCGUAAUUGUGAAACAAGACAGCGAGUGAAGUCGAAUGUUACUUUAAUUACAGUAUUCCAGUGAUAGGUUCCUCAACACGGCGUCAAAAUGAUGAUGGACUAUUUUGUGACGAACAAUUCCUUAGCGCCCGCACCCAUGGGAAUACAAAGUACCGCGGGUGCGGUGCCCGUGAAAAACGAUAAAGGAGAAUUAUCUAUGAAGAAGGUGAAGGUACAUCGUUACGUUUCUGGUAAGCGACCAGAUUAUGCAGCGGUGAGUUCGGACGAAGAGUCAGAAGAUGAGGACUUCCUCGAGAAGCGCGUGCACAAGAGCUACGACGACAACGAGAUCGUCGCGGAUGUCAGUUCGCACUCGUACACAAGAGGUAGAGACGAGGAUGAUCCGCGUCUGCGAAGAUUAACGCGACAGCAGAAGGAGGCGCCAACUGAGGUGCGAGUGGAGAGACACAGACACAUUCACGAGCCCGAGCUCAUAGAGAUAGAGUUAGAGAGAACGCGAGAAAGGAUCAAAUUGGAAAGUUCUGAUUCAUCUGAGGAUGAGGAAUUGUCAGAUUCUGAAAUCGAGAAACGACGAGAGGCCCUGAAGCAACGAGUGCUAUCUAGGAAGGAAACGGAGGAAGAACUGAUACAGGGCGAGGAGGAAGACAGAUCGGGCGAGAGCUCAGAGGAGAGUUCGGAAUACGAGGAAUACACGGACUCCGAAGAGGAGACUGGACCGCGAUUGAAACCGGUGUUCGUUCGCAAGAAGGACAGAAUUACAGUGAUGGAAAAGGAGAAGGAGGCAAUGCGGCAAAAGCAAGCGGAAAUCGAGGCCAAGAAAGCGGCCGAGGAACGAAAAAGGCAAACUUUGAGGCUGGUGGAAGAGACGGUGCGGAAGGAGACACAGAUCGGCAAUAAAGGUAACACCGAGCAGGAGAACAAGCUGAACGAUGUUUGCACGGAUGAUGAAAACGAUGAGGUAGAAUACGAAGCGUGGAAGCUACGUGAACUUAAAAGGAUAAAACGAGAUCGCGAAGAAAGGGAACAGCUCGAGAAGGAACGUCUAGAAAUCGAGCGUAUUCGUAAUAUGACCGAAGAAGAACGAAGGCAAGAGGCGCGACUGAAUCCCAAGGUAAUCACCAAUAAGGCGGCCAAAGGAAAGUACAAGUUCUUGCAAAAAUACUAUCAUCGUGGUGCGUUCUACUUGGACAAAGACGAUACUAUAUUUAAACGUGACUUCUCCGGCGCGACUUUAGAGGACCAUUUCGACAAGACUAUUCUACCAAAAGUCAUGCAGGUGAAAAAUUUCGGACGCAGCGGCAGAACCAAGUACACUCAUUUGGUAGAUCAGGACACAACACAGUUUGAUUCACCUUGGAUAUCAGAGACAGCUCAAAAUAUCAAAUUCCAUAGUCAUCAAGCGGCGGGAAUGAAGCAAGUCUUUGAUCGACCUUCCUUGAAAAAGAGGAAAGCUGAAAAUUAAAUAGUAUAAAUACUAACGAACCACACUUUUUAUUAUCAUUUUAUUUCUUUUUUUCAUUUAGCAGUUAUAUAACAUUGUAUCGUAACAUUUAUAAACAAAUUCGGUAUCACUUGGCAAAUAUAUAUAAUUCACUUAUUUAGGAGAUACAUGGACAUAUAUAUAUAUAUAUAUAUUAUAUAUAUAUAUAUAUAUAUAUAUAUAUAUAUAUAUAUAUAUAUAUAUAUAUAUAUAUAUAUAGGUUCUAAUUAGAAUCGGUUUGUAUCACAUUACUAGCUUGUUCUUUUACAUGGAAUUACAUGCAUAUAAAAAUAUUAAUUUUAUCAAAUAUAUAACUGUUAUGGAAGAAA